AUGCAGUCUGGUAUUCUUCUGCUAACAGUCCAAGGUCCGAUCAUCCGCAUUGCACCAAACGAGGUCGCUAUCGCUGAUCCCACUGCAAUCAAGACCAUCUACUCUAUCUCUUCCGGUUUCACAAAGGUGUACGCAUUUGAUGUCAUAGGCGAACUCUUCUUCAGUCGCAUGUUCGGUUUCAUGGCGCAAGCCGCUGACUAUCGCGGCUACAUUACAGCCCUUGACUGCCUCCUCCCGAUGCUGACAACAGCGUGCGUCAUGCCCUCCUACAUCCGGCCGGUUUUCUUGACAGGCGGUGCGAUCUUCCCGCGCAUUCUCAAAGCCCUCAUGAGCCUCAAGAAUGUUGAAACAGCAGCGAAGGAUGCUGUCGCUGAGCGAUCCGCACUGAUGAAGAAGGGAGAGGCCGACGGAAAGGACGACAUUAUGAACAGUCUGUUUGAAGUCAUGGAGACUAAAGGCGAGAAGGUUGAUUUUGGCCUCACUGAGAUCACAGUAGAGGUCUACGUUGCGCUGUAA